GGGAAGGCCAGUAGAAGUAGCGGGACAUGGUGUCGAAGGUCUUCUGGAAACCGAGAUGUCCUGCGGUCUUGGCGUCGUGGUGCUCGGCCAACAGCUGAGUACGGAGGCCUCGUGCGUCGGGGAUGCAAAGUCGGCGAGUGCCUUUGCGAGCUUGGCGUGGAGUGAUAUCUUUCUUGGAGAGGAUGGAGGAGACGAUGGUGUUGUCAGUGCGGAUGGUGAAGUAUUGCCCGUCGAGGUACGGGCGCCAGACUGUGAGGGCGUGAAUCACGGCGAGGAGUUCCUUCUCGUUGGAGGGGUAAUUCAUCUUCGAGGGAAGGAGCUUCUUGCUUGCGAAGGCGAUAGGGUAUUCGCCAGGUGGAGCCUCGGGGUGAGUGGACGAGUCCUUGAUGGGGGGGGUCUCGGCGGUGUCGCGGGGGAAAUGUUGGGACAGUACGGCUCCGAUGGCGAAGUCGGAGGCGCCAGUGGUGGGGCCGUGGUGAUGGUAUGCUUGAAAUUUUUGCUCUCGGAGGAUCGCRRGGACUUGGCGGAGGUGCUGAAGGUGGGACUCGAAGGUGGGGCUGAAGACAAGGAUAUCAUCAAGGUAGACAACGACACAGACUUCGAGGAGGUUGCGGAAGAUGUGGUUCAUGGUGGAUUGGAAGGUAGCGGGGGCAUUGGUGAGUCCGAAUGGCAUCACGAGGCACUCGUAGUGCCCGAACCGAGAGCGGAAGGCGGUCUUGUGAGUGUCCUCCUCACGGAUACGGAUCUGGUGGAAGCCACUGUAAAGGGAGAUCUUGGUAAAGUACUUGGCUCCACGGAGACGAUCAAGGAGCUCGAAAAUCUGAGGUAGGGGGUACUUGUUCUUGAUCGUGAUCCGGUUCAAGGCGCGAUAGUCUGUGCACAUGCGGAGUUUCGAAGUUCCACCUUUCUUGACGAAAAGGCAGCUGGUUCCGAAGGGGGAUGAACUUGGCUUAAUGAACCCUUUUUCAAGGAGUUCACCGAGUUGCCGUUUCAUUUCUUCGGCUUCGGGGACAGAGAGUUGGUAUGGAGGGCGGCAAGGUGGAGAAUGUCCGGGUUCCAAAUCAAUGGUAUGCGAUACG